UUUUACGUAGGACACGUGGAAUUUUUCAACAACUUGAUGUUAGACGCUGAAGUGAUCAAACUCUUAAACGACGGUAUCCUAGCUCCGCUAAGUGAUUGGCAAAUUAAAGAAUAUAAACAGAUUGUUAAUGACAUUAUUACGAAUGAAACAGUUGCACAGCCUAAAGGACCAGUGGAAGGCUUUAAAUCGCCAACCGAUAUUCUUCUAGUAAACGACAAGCCACCACCUGCACGAUAUGGAUCUACUGAAGCAAACGCUCUCGUUGUUAACAUAUCAACGCCGCAUGUUAGUCAAGCAAGUGCGCGAGUUUAUUCCACAAAGACUGAAAAAAAUAUGGAUACGAGUCAAGAUUUAUUUUUCACCAACAAUAAGUCUAUUCACGGAAUCAUCAACACUAAGAUUAAAAAUACCGAUGUUGGUAUCAACAGCCUGCAACAAACAGAUUCUACAGGAAUGAUCUAUACAAACAUUAGUAAGAGCCGAGGAAGCAUUGAUGGAGAAGUCCAUAACAGUAAUCCCGAUUUAAAUCCAUUUGAUAGUAAAAUUGAAUUCUCAAAUGUUACCAAACAUAAAACGAUCGUUGAAGCAUCCGUUUCUAAAACUUACAAUUUGACAGAGACGGCAUCACUCGUAACAUCUGAGAAUCGAGACGCCGUGAAACAGCAAAUGGCUCUGAUGUCUGUAUCUCCCACCAAAUUAAAACAAAAUGACGUUUCAAAAGAUGGCAUUCGUUUCAACACUAGUGAUAGCUACAUCCAAUCGUCAGGUGAAAGCAUACCGGCUAAUUUGCAGCUUAAUUCUAAUUAUAGACAACCUUCUCGGUUAACAAAUGACAUCAACAAGACUGAAACCAAAAUACUAGAGAAUGAAGCGAAUAUGAACAUUUCCCGUAGUACUCUGGCGCAAAGCACAUUAGGAAACCGCGUUGGUCAUCCGUCCAAAUUGUACACAUACACAUCUGAUUCAAGUUACGCUUCCACGUCACCUAUUGCAUCUGAUGACUCAUCCCUUAUUCACAACAGUUCACUGCCGCCUUCAUUAGAUUCCUUGUCAUUUUUAACAACCGGUUCUCUUGACGCUUUGAACACUACCGAGCGUUUACUCCUGCAACAGAGCACUACUAUUUCAGAUCUCUCACGUAUAAUUCUCAAACUUUUCCCUUCUGCAAGUCGAUUCCAGCCCGUUCUGUACAAUAUAGCAUUUAGAAUAGCAAAACGAAAUUUAGAAUCAAAUAAUAGCUCAGCUAAAAAACUACCUGAUGCAGAUCUGCCACAAUUAAGUUUUAACAAAAAAGAAGCAGUACAAAACACAAGUACAGAUUUCAUUAUCACUCAAAGCAACACGCAAAUAUCAGAAAUAAAUAAUAUGUACCCUGUGACUAUUCCUGUACGUUCAGAAUUUAUUUCCCAAAACCCAGAUGCAGAGUUUAUUGAUUCGCAACCAGCCUCGUCUUCUGACACAACUGUGUAUUUAGACACCGGAACUUCCCAAGUGCAGCGCUUUUCAGGCGCUCCCAAUGAUAGGUUUUCUAGAUUACAACGCAACGGAAUACCGAGUCCUCAACUAUCAAAAAGUGAUAUAUCAGCAUCUGUAUCGUCUGGGACUCUUCCAACAAGAGGUGGAUCAAAACGCUUCACGAGGCCUAGUGAUAUGUCAGCGGGUGUUUCGAACACACCGACCGUCAUCGACAUUCCCAAAUCGACUUUUGAUGCUAAUGAAAGACGUUCUGCUUUAUUUAGAUUAACUAGCGGAAAGAAUUUUGUAAGACCCAAUGCUACAAUCGGCACAGUAGAUCUACGGAUGCCUGUUGAAAACAAUGAUUCUGCAUCAGCAUAUAUUAAGGAAGAAAUGGCAAUACCUGCGCAAACAAGCACACGAAAAACACAAACUGGUUUAGAGACUGUCGAACAGAUCAAAAUUCGUCUAAGACAAGGCCCGACAAUUGUACAUCCAAACUUGAAGGAAAAAAUCACAAUAAGUGACAAAAUGUCAACAACGUAUAACAGUUCUCAGAAAACAUCAUCUUCAGGUCUCACGGAUAUACCCUCGCAAGUUAGCACACGUAAAACACAAUCUGGUUUAGAGUCUGCUGACCUGGGCCAAAUUCAUUUAAAACAAAGCUCUACCAAUGUUCAACCAUAUAUGAAUGAGAAAAGCACAAUAGGUGAUGACAUGUUAACAACGUAUAAUGGUGCCCAUAAAACUUCAAAUACAGGACGCACAGAAGAAAUAUUUUCAACGUAUAAUGAUGCCCAUAAAACAUCAAAUACAGGACGCACGGAAGAAAUGUUAACAAGGUAUAAUGAUGCCCAUAAAACCUCAAAUACAGGAGGCAAGGAAGAAAUGUUAACAACGUAUAACGAUGCCCAUAAAGCCUCAAAUACAGGACGUAUAAAUGGUUCGACUGAAUCUGAAAUAACAGGUGGUGAACUCGUUAUUUUAAAUGAACAAACUCGUUUGACUCCGAUCCCGUCAAAGACGUUAAGCCUGUUAGCUUUAGGGAGCGUUCAUUCGCCUAUUCUAAACGGAUUUCUACCUAAUAUUGAUACUGAGUUGGGUGGUGUAUACAUUCCGCUUCUAAAAGCAACUGCUUCCGACAAUGCAUAUUUGGAGCCGCCAAAGUCGGAUGGAAACGGGCAUUUCAAUCCGUUUGUUCCUAAGCAAACAAACAUUGAUAAUCAGUCAGGGCCAAAAACUUUAAUCUUAGAAAACGGCGGUCUGGUUGAGCCUGCUUUGGUCUUAUCGAAACUAUUAGCUAACCAGUCAUUAGCUGAAAAUAGUACCGUUAUCAUUAAAAACAACGAAACAAGUGUAAAUGUCAUUGACAGUCUUGAUGCCAUUCAAACGGAGACUAACAAUACAACGAUUCCGUCUAUGAAUACAUUGGAAGCUUAUCAAAACACUACAAAUGGAAUACGGAGUCGAUUGGACGCUACUGAUACAAAUCUAGACGCGCUGGCGCUUCUUAAUAUGCAGUCUCCACCCAGCGGUCCUAUCUCCUCUGAGAUGAUCCAGUACGAGAGAAUGUUGAUUCUAAAGACGCUUGCGGGGCUCGUUAAAACAAUGAGCAUGCUACAGACGCACAUAAUGGAUUUAAAACAACCUCAAUCACCUUCGUCAGUGUCGGCAAUCUACUCUCAACAAACGCAGACAACCGCUCCCAUAUCGGCCAUUCGGUCGCAGCAGAUUCAAACAUUCGGUAGAGGUUCUUCACAGUCGGUCGAACAUUCCGUCAUACCUUCGAUGUCGGUUGCCACAUCGGACAUAGACGGAACUUCGAAUGGUUUGCAAGAUGCCACAUCAUAUGAAAGAAACGUCGAUCUGGCAUUCGAAACGCCACCUAUAGCAGGCCUCAUUCCUACCACUUCAAUGCCAACACCAACAUCUAAACCAAUACCCGCACGGCCGGAUACAGGGAAACCGCCUCGAAUGUCAGCUACACUCCGACAACCAUCAGCGCCACCACGUCCGCAAACAACAAUGGCGCCUACAACUUUACCAGAGUUUUUCGAUCAGACCACUGCUGGCUUCGACCUCGAGACAUACAUGACAGCUUCACCGUCUCCCGUCGCUAUUGUAACUGACCCCGUGACAACCAUGGCGCCGACAUCAACAACAGACCGAUGGGACACUGUCUUGUCGUUUGUACGUUCGUACGUACGAGCGGUCAACAAACUACCGGACACGCCCACCCCUGCCCCACCCCCUAGCGGAGAAAAGGCCAGCCCGACGACGAAGAUGCAACAACUUGAGGACCUGCUCAAGGGCAUUUCGGCCAACGACUUGCAAAACCUAGUUGAGGUUAUAAAGACGAAAGCAGGAAAGUCCGCGCCCGCCACUCAAGAGACGGCCCCGCCUCCUGUUCCUGUAAAGCCCGUCCCCGAGCAGACAACACGUGAACAACAACCACGUGACCAACAACCAAGUGACCAACAACCACGUGACCAACAAUUACGUGAAAGGGGUCCACCACGUGACAUGGGACCUCGUGACCAAGAUUUCCCACCACAACGUCGCGGACCGGGUUUUAUCCCUCCACCUCCAGGCUCAGGCAAUCAGGGACCCCCGAGAGAGGCGCAACGAGAUCCGGGCCCCCAGGACUUCAACCAGGGACCCCCUUCCGACCAUAUGAGCCCACCUCAGGGGAUGGACGGACCCAUGGACAACAGGGGCCCACCCCCGUGGGCGCGUGGUAACGGCAUAAACGGACCUAUGGGCGGACAGAUGGGAGGACCUAUGGGCGGACAGAUGGGUGGACCGAUGGGCGGGCCUAUGGGCGGACCGAUGGGAAUGAAUGGAGGUAUGGGAGGUCCCGGAGGCCCGCCGAUGGAUAUGAACAAUCCGCAGAUUGCACGUCUUAUCCGAGUUCUUCAAAAACAAGUGCUGAGUGGCGGGGGACGUCCAGGCGCGAGCGCGAGCGCGGCGGCAGGCGGUGAGGCACCGGAACAGCCGGAGGGACCUGCUGGCGGUAUGAACCCGAUGAUGAUGGCAAUGCUGAUGAACGGUGGAGGCGGCGGUGGCGGUGGAGGCAUGGACAUGUCAUCUCUUUUUGGAGGAGGCGGCAAUCCCAUGGCCGCUAUGCUGGGGGGUUCUGGCGGUGGUCUUAGCGCGCUCCUCGGAGGUGGCGGCGGCGAGACACCGAACUUCAUGAGCGGCAUGAGCGGCAUGAGCGGCAUGGGCGGUAUGGGCAAUCUGGCUGGUCUUCUGGGAGGCGGCGGUAGUGGCGAGGGUAUGGCAGGUAUGGGCGGUAUGAACAUGGCGGCAAUGAUGAGCCAAAUGAUGGGGGGAAACAGCGCCAGCCAGCCGUCAUCGGGCGCCGCUAACAACCAAUUGGCCCUAAUGAAAGCCCUUCAAGGCUUACAAUCCGGAUCCGCGUCGCCUGCCGAGGGUGGAUCGGCACAAUCAAUGCUAGCCGCAUUACUGGGUAGACCGGGCGGGACCGGGUCUCAAGGCUUAAGCGCCAACGCAAGCGCCCCCAACACAGCCGCCAGCGGCACAACUUCAGGUAUGGAGAACCCGCAAGCGUCCCGGGUGGGUUCCGGUCUAGGUGGUGGUAUGGGCGCGCUCAGCGGAAUGGGCGCACUCGGUGGAAUAGGAUCAUUCGGUGGGAUGGGCGCUAUGGGCGGAAUGGGUGGGCUCGGCGGCAUGGGUGCGCUUGGCGCUCUACUAGAAGGCGGUGAAGGGCUUGGGCUUGCGUCCAUGCUUGGUGGAAUGGGAGGCAUGGGGCUGGCGUCCAUGAUGAACCCGGAUGCCCCAGAUUUCCUUACACCCGGGGCGUCAGGUAGGAUGAACCCGUUCGGAGGGAUGUUCGGCCAAAUGAACGCAUAAACCCUGAAUUCUAGGCGUUUGGAAUUGAACUUUUGACCUGCGACCUUAGUACAUGUAGUCAUACUGAUGACACCAAUGUGAUAAAGAGGUCAAAAGAAGAAACAUACAUGAACGGAUACACUUUUUUGGAAUAUAUACAACAUACCUAGAAUGAGUGUUGAAAUUUAUUAAUUGUGAUCAUUUUUAGUUUUUGUAUCGAUAUAUUUGCGUUCUUACUGUACAACAACAUAACGAUGUUCCGUCUGAAUAAGUGUGGACGAUGUUAAUAAAGGAAACUGCGUGAAUGAAAAAGAUACUUCAAUAAACAAAUGCUAUUAUUCAAA